AUGGGACCUUGCACUAUGUAUCUAGAACUCAGCUCUUUUCAGCAAAACCUAUCUUGUGGUAAAGAAGUAAACAAGGGCAGUGAUGAGCUUGUCAAGAGAAGAAAAGAAGUGUCAGGAAGUGCUGCAGUGGAAGAAAUGGUGAAGAGGAGAAGAGUGGAAGUCAGAGCAGAGGCCUCACGCCCACAGUCGGGUAUGGGUCGAACUGGAGCUGAGCGUGUUUGCCAUAUGAGUAAAGCAAAGCAUGGAUUUGAAAUGAAUUCCUCCAAAGAAGAUGAGCGUGAGUUUAGUCCAGCAUCCCUUACUGUGGGCUGUAACCGAGUGAGUUUGUGGGCACCUGUGGGAUCUAACCUUGAACAAAGAACAGGAACCGGUCAGGCUGAGGGUGCGGUGCAGCUACUGCAGCAGCUGGACCAAAUGGUGAACAAAGGAAACGUGGAGUCAGAAGGAAGAGGUCUCUCCAGGUUCUGGAGAAGGUGCAACAUUCCCGGGAAAUGGUCCUCUUCUGAGCUGUCUUUGGGGAAAAAACUCCUCAGGGGAGGGUUGCUGACCUCAGUCACAGCCCUCAUAGGCUGUGGCUUUUAUCAGCUGAGGAGUGCCAUCUCCAGCCCAGUUUCUAAAGGACUUACACACUCCCCCUUCUCGCGAGGCCUUCCUGGGAGGGACCUUCAGUCCCCUUAAGGCAAGUAUGGCCUUUAUUUGGCCGCUUAGCAACUGUGGCCUUUGUAACUUUGGUGUCCCAAAGACACCAUUUCAAACCGAAAUGAAAGGAGCCCCGCCAACAGUUGCUGGGCAUUGCUGACUAAAGGAGCGCUCUAAAGCUGUCGAAGCUGUGUGCCGCAAGAGUGGUCUGUUCACUGCACAGCACGUGUUGAACGUCGGCAGUAACUGUUUGAUAGGUGGGUUAGUUUUGGAAGGAAUAAAACUCCUUGUUAAUCAUAAUGUAUGCCAGUCCCCUUAACUAUUGAGACUAGACCGUUACAGCACAGGUUGUUCUUUAUGUUUCCUCUACUUUUUUG